GUCCUCCACUGUCCCAGCAUGCCCCGCCCCCCGUGUCCCGCCAUGCCUUGCGGCGCGGGACUGGGGUAAAGGUCAGCGCGAGAGCUCCGCUGCUGGGCGCCGUGGGGUUCUGCGCAGGGCUCCGCUCCCGCUGAGCAGCCGCCGCGGCCAUGGCGAAGCAGCCGCAGCCCAUCAGCCCCGUGAAGAACUUCUUCGCCGGCGGCUUCGGCGGCGUAUGCCUGGUGUUUGUGGGGCACCCGCUGGACACCAUCAAGGUGAGACUACAGACCCAACCAAAACCUCAGGCUGGGCAGCCUCCACUCUAUUCUGGGACCUUCGACUGUUUCAGACAGACUCUCGUGAGAGAGGGAGUCCGAGGCUUGUAUAAAGGAAUGGCAGCUCCGAUUAUUGGAGUGACUCCCAUGUUUGCUGUGUGCUUCUUUGGAUUUGGUUUGGGGAAAAAACUCCAGCAGAGGAAUCCUGAUGACAUUCUGACAUAUCCCCAGCUGUUUGCUGCUGGCAUGUUAUCUGGAGUGUUCACAACAGCAAUCAUGGCUCCAGGAGAGAGGAUCAAGUGCCUUUUACAGAUCCAGGCUGCUUCAGGUGAAAUUAAAUACGGUGGCCCAAUGGACUGUGCGAAACAGCUGUACCGUGAGGCUGGAAUUCGAGGCAUAUACAAAGGAACCGUGCUCACCCUCAUGAGAGAUGUUCCAGCCAGUGGAAUGUACUUCAUGACGUAUGAAUGGCUGAAAAACAUUCUGACCCCUGAGGGGAAGAGUGUCAGUGACCUCAGCGUGCCUAGGAUUCUCUUUGCCGGGGGUAUGGCAGGGAUCUUCAACUGGGCUGUUGCCAUCCCUCCGGAUGUGCUGAAAUCCCGCUUCCAGACUGCUGCUCCAGGGAAGUAUCCUAAUGGCUUUAGGGAUGUGCUGAGGGAGCUUAUCAGAGAGGAAGGAGUCUCAUCCCUAUACAAAGGGUUCACAGCCGUUAUGAUAAGGGCCUUUCCCGCUAACGCAGCCUGUUUCCUUGGUUUCGAAGUUGCUAUGAAGUUCCUUAACUGGACUGCACCAAGUCUGUGAAGACUAGGAAAUGUCCUCCUGGGACAGGAAAAAAGACCAUGGUGCUGGAUUAAAGGGUGAUUUGAGAAACCAUAGGAAUUAUUAGUUUUCUAAUCCCCAUUGCCUUACUCACAUCCUCUGGAUGGUAUAAUAGGUGCCAUUCUGAACCUUGAGCCAUAACUCUGAUGUAGAGUUUUCAUGAGGAGUGGGAAGUACGAGUACACUUACCUUCUGAACCAAAUACACCAUAGCAGUGAUGCUGCUAAUAGACACUUAUUGCUAUUACAGUGAGAGUCCCUAAGUACUUCCUCUGGAAGAAGGGGAGACUCUUAAUUUCUUUCUUUAUUUACUGAAGAAGCCGUUAGUGCUGAAAAUCUUUCGAAAUAGUAAUUACCAGCCAGUGUGCACUUAAUUCUCAGGAUAUAGCUUAACACUUUAUUGCCAAUGUUGAGGUGAGACGCUAUUUUCUAUCAGUUAUAGAUACUCAUCAGCUGUUAGCAUGUUGAUGGUGCCUUUAUUUUAUGUGGGUGUAAUGAGGGGCAAUAUGGAACAGAACAGAUUAUAGCUAAAAAAAUCCUAAUUCUGGGGAGAGGGGGCAGGGAGGGAUUCUAAAGCAUUAUGGAGGACCUUGUAUGAUGACCACCUUGAACGGAUGAAAGGUGCACUAUGGAACUAAGAGUUAAAGUGAAUUAUGCCCAACUUCCUUGACUAAGCACUGCUAACCCGGCUGGCGGGGGCAUUCAGCAGAGAAACAAGUUCUAACUGAUCUCAUCUCUCUUCAAAAUUCUUUCUUUCCCCCCUCUGAAAUCCCUUUGGUAUUUCUUGAUUCACUGACUAUAUCCAGAACACAACUUCACAAAUACCAUAUGACUCAUUGCAGUCUGUGCUAUAUCUGAUGUCCCUGAAUGAUGCAUUCUGGGAGAUGGUGACCUAGGAAGUACAGAGAGGAUUUCAAAGUGGGAGAAGACUUCAACUUAUUUUGGUGCUGAAUUCCUUCCAUGGCUUACGUAAUGGGGACAGACAGCGUCUGGCUCCUCAAAUCAGCAUUAAGAGAUCCUGUUAAACAUAACAAAUUUUGAGUUGACAUGAUUGAUGCAAGGGACAGGCAAGACAGUCUGUAACCUGUUCCAGUUGUGAUUAAAUGAUCCUAUUUUAUCAGGACUCAAUAAAGUUUGCUGCUGCUCAGCUA